AUGUCGACUACAACCACCAUUUCCCAGCCCGAGCCCGAGCCCAUCACCGCGCAAAGUAUCUUGCGCCUGUUCCCCGACAUCGACACGAGUUCUGCGGAGCUCGAUGGUCACGAUGCUGAGCAGAUCAGGUUGAUGGAUGAGGUGUGCAUUGUCCUCGACGAGAAUGACAAGCCUAUUGGAAAUUUGAGCAAGAAGAUUUGCCAUCUCAUGACCAACAUUGAUAAAGGUCUUCUCCAUCGCGCAUUCUCGGUCUUCCUCUUUAACUCCAACAAUGAAUUACUUUUGCAACAGCGCGCUACCGAAAAGAUUACUUUUCCAGAUAUGUGGACGAACACAUGCUGCUCUCACCCUCUUGGGAUCCCAGGUGAAGGUGGUGUCGAACUGGAGGAGGCUGUCUCAGGUGUGAAGAACGCGGCGAUUCGCAAACUUGAUCACGAACUUGGUAUCCCAGCGGCCCAGGUUCCUUUCGAGAAAUUCAAGUUCUUGACUAGGAUUCAUUACAAGGCGCCGAGUGAUGGCAAAUGGGGCGAGCACGAGAUUGACUAUAUCCUCUUCAUCAAAGCCGAUGUCGACAUGAAGCCCAAUAUGAACGAAGUCCGAGAUACCAAGUACGUUUCUGCGGCGAAUUUGAAGUCAAUGUUCGAGGAUCCUACUCUGAAAUUUACGCCGUGGUUCAAACUCAUCUGCAAUUCGUUGUUGUUUGAGUGGUGGGAGCAUCUAGACGAGGGAUUGGAGAAAUACUUGAACGAAACCGAGAUCCGACGCAUGUAA